AUGCCUCCGUUUAUUCGCAUUAAUGAUAAGACAAUUGAAAAUCAGGCUUCACCCAUAACUAUUGAUGAUCUUCAAGCUGUUGUUGAAAGAAAGAGGACUACUACUCGAGUUGGUAGUGGUAGGGGCCGUUUUACUUCUGCUCGUGGUGGCUUUCGAAACGACAGCUACAGGAGUCGUGGAAAUUUUAAUGUCGUUCGGGUCUACGUGAGACGCGAUAGUUUCAGGGCUCGUGGGAACUUUAGCAGUGUGCGUGGUGGAGAAGGUUAUCAAGGAAGAGGAAGAGGCGAAUAUCGUGGAGGCCUAAGUCAGAAUGCCACUUCAACGUAA